CGAGCAUAGUAGUAAAAUAGUCCUCAAGGGAAGUGUAUUCUUUGUUGCGUGCAUUUUAAAGGAAUGUUCACUGGUUGCGGAAAAGAACAAAAUGUUCAUUGCAUGCUUAUACACAUGUGACGCAUGCCCAUCGGUACAGCAACACAAGUAUAUUAAAAAAAAAUUUACAUUCAUACAGUAAAUGUUUUUGUAUUUAAGUAUAUUUACAUGUGUGUGUACCAAAACGUAUUGUUCGUUGUGAUCUUUUGUAUGCACGUGGCCCAGUUCCCUCACUUCGCAAAAUUUGUUAGCAAUAUAAAGUCCUGCGCGCACAUGGAUUGGCGUGUAGCAUGUGGUGCAGUUUUAUGCUUUUUCCUUUUUUUUUUUUUUUUAUUUUCUGUGUUACUACUACAGAAAUAUUGAUGUGAUGCUUAUUAAGAUGAUCAAAAUUGAUAGGAAAAAAAAAAGUUAACCUUUGUGAAUAGUUUUCAUAACGUUUAUAUGCCGCCUUAUGUAUAUACAUGAAGUAUCAUCGAAAGUAUCACAGCACUCUGACGUAUACUGCUUAAUUGAAUUAAGAAACAUAACCACAAAGGAAGAAAACCAUAAGAAGAAAAUUAUGUCAAAUAAAAAAAGAACCAUUUUAAAAGUUAUCAUUCUUGGGGAUAGUGGUGUUGGAAAGACAUCAUUAAUGAAUCAAUAUGUAAAUAAAAAAUUUACGAAUCAGUACAAGGCGACAAUUGGAGCCGAUUUUUUAACGAAAGAAACCAUAGUUGACAAUGAAAACCUAACAAUGCAAAUAUGGGACACGGCAGGCCAAGAGCGCUUUCAAAGCCUGGGGGUAGCUUUCUACAGAGGAGCCGAUUGCUGUGUGUUAGUUUUUGACUUAACGAAUUACAAAACGUAUGAGUCCUUGGAGUCGUGGAAGGACGAAUUUCUGAUUCAGGCAAGCCCAAAGGAUCCAGACAAUUUCCCCUUCGUCAUAAUUGGAAAUAAAGUUGACGAGACGAAUAAGAGAAAGGUUCAAUCGCUUAAAGUCCUGCAGUGGUGCAAAUCGAACAACAACAUUCCCUAUUUUGAGACGAGUGCAAAAAACGCAAUUAAUGUGGAUCAGGCAUUUGACGAAAUUGCGAGAAAGGCCAUGAAACAGGAACACCAGGAGGAGCAAAUAUAUCUUCCUGAGACAUUUGCCCUGAACAACCAGGGUGAUCAUAAAAUAUACAAAAGUCGCUGUUGCUAGGAGUUGGCAAGAAUGUAGAAAUGGAUAACAUAAUUUUGUUUUUUGUUCAUUGGUUUAUGUCACCCAUAUAUUUUUGUGGUUGAUUUAUUUACAUUAAGAAAUGUAUGUGUAUAUGUAUGUACAAACCUGCGCUAGUAUGCACACAGCGUUUUUCCAAGCGAAUUGUAUUUCCCCAUUUUCGCAUUAUUAGGUGAAUUCUUCACGUACAUGUUCAAAGCAAAUGUAUGUUCUAACGAUAUGUGUUCUAGGGGUGCACUUGCGCAUGGAUGGACCUGUUUGUUGAUACAUAAAAAUGUAUUCAUUAUGACAGAAAAAGUUUGCA